GCCAUUGGUGGACAGCUAUCCUGGUUACCAACCAACACAACACUGGGCACAUGAGAAACCACUAAAAAGCUCGUGAAUUUCAAAGAUAAUGGUUAUCAAAGUACUCUUUUUAAAUGGACCUGAUGGACAAAUACGACACAGAUUUGAGGGAUACGUUUUGAACAGGAGUGAUCGCCUCUCUUCAGAAAUAUGGGAUAGGGUCAUGUGAGCAGCAUCAUCUGCAAUCACACGAUGGAUAACGAGGAGAGUAAGACGUGCCAAGGAGAGAAGCUCGCCUCUGCUGUAGAUGACACUCUGGAUGAAUAUUUAAUCGCCCUCCAACACAAAAACAGGCUCUUAAAGCGCCUUAAAGUCAAAGACCCCAAGGAGAUUGAGUUGGAACGGCUAGAGCAAGGUUUCUCAAUUUAUCUUAAUGGAGCCAAUGCCGAAGCCAGUAGGAAGCAAGCCAAGGGCUCCAACCAAAGGUCUCCCUCCUCACAGCCACCUUUGAGGCCUACAUGUACAGCAGAUGUCUGUAGAAGCGCCCACCAGCUAACUGAAGACAGUAGUAAACUGGAGCAGACCCACAGGAAGAGAAGCCACACUGCCCCAGGAAAGGUCCAGAGGAAAGAAUGGGUGCAGGAUCCUGUUAAAAUUCGAACAGAGGAUGGACCAAGUUUGCUAAUCUCCCCAACAAAGCGCUACUCUGAUGAUUUUGAGCCCUAUGAAAGCAUAGACAUGGAGAGCUCCAGUCCACGCUCCCCUCGUAGUCCCUGCUGCCAGAGGAACACCUGCAAGGUGUCGCACUCUUUCAGCUCCAGGCCCGAGAGCCGAGGAGACCAGGAGCACAGUGAGAAGGUACUUCUCAACCUUGAGGAAGUGAAGGUUUUGCGUCGAAGCCUGGAGGUUAGCAUGCGACGGAGCAGUCGUGGCUCAGCUGGGGAGGAGUCAGAUGAAGAGUGGGUAGAGGAGCAGAUUGAGAGGGAUGAGAGCACAGAGAGUCUGGAUGAACUGGGGCUGCCUCUCCCCUCCUCCAAGUCAUCCUCCAACAGCUCUCGGCCCAGUGGCUCCCAAAGCCAUUUUGACUCAACGAACCUCAUUGUGCUGGACUUUGGACCCUCACCUAAAGGUCGUAAGAUCGAGCGUUCACUGUCUGCAAAAAGGAAAGAAAGUGUUGAGACUUUUAUACCCACCAAACCUAUGUUGGUGAAGAGCAAGACAUUAGAUAGGCCACCUUCAAAAGAGAGCUGGGAAGGUCAGAGGCCGAGGAGUCGGGUGGAGAGGCCGCUGUCGGCAAAUAGAAAGUCUUCUGUCGAGGACCGGGACCCAGAGGAGGUUGCAAUCAGGGUACGCCAGGCCAUACAGAGAGAAAACAACCCAGUGCAGAGUGCAGAACUCUUCAGUCAACACACGGUCAAGGGACAUCAGGUGAUGAAUGGUUUAGUGCACCACAACACUCACAACAAGGAUGACAACAAUGUCACUCUGGCCAUGCAGAGAAUCACACUCAUGGGUCCCAGUCAACAACAGAAACUGCUGAAAGCCUUGGAGAAACUUGAAGGUGGACCUGGUUGCAGCAUCCCUCAAAGUGUGAAAACAGACUACACCAAGCAGCCGAGAAGGCAGUCGUCACCAGAGUACACACCUGCAUUGUAUGUUACCAUGGAGAUACUGUCAAACUGGGGGAACGUGCUGCAGGUCGGGCUGACUGAGUUGCAAUUCUUCUGCCUCAGAAACAAGAAGCUUUACGUGUCGCCUCAUGACUUAGACAUCAGGAAUGCUGACUUUCCUGGUAAUUUGGGGGCACUCGUCAAUGGGAAAGUGAAGACCACCAAAGACCGUCAUAUGUGGACGUGUCCGUUCCACCCACCCAUUCAGCUCUACUUCAUCAUCAGGAACACCGAGCGCUCUCCAGACUUUGGAAUAUCUUGUAUUAAAAUCUGGAACUACAACAGAAGCUUCAAUGAGCUUGACGUAGGUGCGCGACAUAUAAAGCUGUACCUGAACAGCACGUUGGUGUUUGAAGGUGAGCUGGAGAAGGGCUGUGGCAACCAAGUCUUUGACUACAGCACCACAAUUGAUCUUCAGGAUUGCCAGGUCUCCGACUCUAUGUUUUCCAGCCCUGUGGCUUCAGGACACAGUCUAAGAGGGGCCACUCCCCUUUGCUAUGAAGACAGUAAGGGUGGAGAGGGUAGCAUCUCCCAGAGAUACCAAAGUUUGAAUGCAUUGUCUGACACAGCAGGCCAGAAUGUGGUAGACAUGCAGGAGAAAUCACAUACACCGCUACCACCUAUCACUGCUUCUGUGGGAGUUUCAUCCUCUACUCGUCACUCCUCGAUACAAAGGAGCUCUUUUGACCUGUCUGCCUCAGAGGAGGCCCACUCUCUCAGGCAGCAGGUGGAGCAGUCUGCACCCAUAGAGCAGACAGUCACCACCCAGCCAUCCUCCUCACGGGUUGCCCCGCAGUGGCUGCAGCCUCUGAACAGAGGUGCUCCAGAGGGAUGUGAGACCAGCAGGGAGAGGCCACGGUGGCUGGUACCCCAGCAUUCUUCAGAGCUCAAACAGCCAUCAGCGUCAUCCUCUUCCAUGCUCCCAGAGUUGCCAUGUAACCCAGGACGUGUGUGCAGAGGGGCGGAGAGGACGGCGAAUGGGGUUCAGUGGAAGGCUGACUCUUUGGACCUGAGCUGCGACCUGCUUGAGGAAGUCGCGGAGCAAAGGUCAGACAGGCCCAUCAGCGGACGGAGGAGCUCAUUCAGAAACUCCACAGCCAGUGUAAGGCAGACAGAAGAACAACACCACAGAGCUACAGCACUGACAAACGCUGAUGAGCCCAUGUCUUUGGUGAGUGCUAGCAGAAGGCAGAGUAGCUCUCGGGCCCGGCUGCACAGUCAGCAGGAUGACACCCUCAUGGAGUCCUGGGAUUCUCUCACUAAGUUCAACCAAUGUCAGCGUGGACGCAUCUCCAACAUGGCGUUCGAAGGCGACAUAUUUGAUGAGUUUCUUCAGCGCCAGAGCUGUGGUCCACCCACAGUCCCACCCAUCUCUUCUUCAUCACCCAGAAGCCCUCUGUCCUCCUUAACCACUCAGGGGACACUUUGCGAAGGCCCUGAUGACGAUCCAUCCAUGGAGCGGGAGGACGAGUUUGAGAUUCCAGUGUUGCCGCAAGGCCAAAGGCUGGUAAUCAACAUUUUGUCCACCUGGGGUGAUCGUCACUACGUGGGUCUCAACGGCCUGGAGGUUUUCAGCUCUAGUGGAGAGCCUCUCCGACCUGUUCACAUCCACGCUGACCCGCCAGACAUCAACAUUCUCCCAGCAUACGGCAAGGAUCCACGCGUAGUCACCAACUUAAUCGAUGGCAUCAAUCGGACUCAGGAUGACAUGCAUCUUUGGCUAGCCCCGUUUACUCCUGGUUGUAGCCACACCAUUUUCAUGGACUUUGGAGUGCCCCACAAAGUGGCCAUGAUCCGUGUGUGGAACUACAACAAGUCGCGCAUCCACUCAUUCCGAGGCGUGAAAGAGGUAGAAAUGCUUCUGGAUGGAAGGUGCAUCUUCAGGGGGGAGAUUGCAAAAGCGUCUGGAACUCUUUCUGGAGGACUGGACCAGUUUGGCGACACUAUCCUCUUCACCACUGAUGAUGAGAUACUGGAGGCUAUGUCUCGUUAUGAUGAGACCUUCCUUAGUGAAGGUGAAAGUCCUGAGAGCAUGGUGUAUGAGGAGGAGCUGCAGAGACCACGCACUGCUGAUGGAGAGGGAGAGGAACGACCUUUUACCCAGGCUGGUUUCAGAGAGGAAGACCUCACCCUGAAACUUCAACUCAACUCUACUAUGAGCCAAUCUGAAGAGAGCUUAGAGCUCAUUCCUGGGAUGCACACAGGAAAGUGCCUUAGACUGGAAAUGACCUUGACAUGGGGCGACCCCCAUUACAUGGGCCUGACAGGACUGGAGAUCGUGGGGAAGGAUGGAGAGACUUUACCUUUAGAUCUUAGUAUGAUCGCUGCUUCACCCAGGGACCUCAACGACCUACCUGAUUAUGGACAUGACCUGCGCACACUUGAUAAACUUAUUGAAGGCCACAACAUUACCACCGAUGACCAGCAUAUGUGGCUGAUUCCUUUCUCCUAUGGAGAGUCCCACACCUUGAUCAUUACCUUCAGCAAGGCCCAGACCAUCGCUGGUCUCCGUUUCUGGAACUACAACAAGUCUCCCGAGGACUCUUACAGAGGGGUGAAACUGAUUCAUCUGUUCUUGGACGAUGUUCCUAUCUCACCAACGGAGGGAUUACUGAUCAGGAAGGGACCGGGCAAUUGUCACUUUGAUUUUGCCCAGGAGAUUCUCUUUGUUGACUUUCUCCAGACUCCAGCUGAUAACAGGAGUAACGAAGACUACCACAGAUCAAGCGUUACAUCCUACUCUAAGAACAUAAGGAUUUCGAGCAGUAGUGCAUGGUUGUUUACUCUUACAGUAAAGUUGUGGGUAAUUAGCAGCUGUGUUUAUAUUAAUAAACAUGAUCAGACCUCAACAUUAUGUCCACCAGACAUUGCUGCUUUUCCAGACAGUGUGAAUGUGCUGGACAAUGUGAGCGGUGAUGUGAGGACUCCAGAUAAAUUAAUAGAUGGAGUCAACUGCACCCACGAUGGAAGACACAUGUGGUUAGCCCCAGUGCUUCCUGGCCUGGUGAACCAUGUGUAUGUCAUCUUUGAUCAUCCAGUGACUGUGUCCAUGAUCAAGCUGUGGAACUACUCAAAGACGCCUCAGAGAGGAGUGAAAGAAUUUGGGCUGCUGGUGGAUGACCUCCUGGUAUAUAAUGGCAUCUUGGACUGCGUAAGCCAAGUGACACGAGGCAUCCUGCCUACUUGCGACCCUGUGGUGCCCUACCACACCAUCCUGUUCACAGAUGACGUCUACAUUACUCACAGAGAGAGGAACACUGUCAUCAGCCCCCGUGUCAGCAGACACCGUCAACAUAAUUAUGUGGAGGAUCAGGAUGUGAAGAUGACCAAUGAGAACCAGAUAGUUCAUCACAAUAAGAAGAAGCAGACGGCAGACCCAGCUCUACGGCCUAAAACCUGCAUGACUGAUGGCGGGAAACAUGGAAGGAGGAGGUACUGACUGAUAUGGAGUCAGUGUUUUUACAGUUUGAGGAGAGCUGAAGGGAAGAACCUGUGGCUGACUCUUUUAUUCCACUUUUUUUGGUGGGUGACUUUUGAAAACCUCCUUUACACCAAAGCAGCCACCCAGCUGUCAUUUGUAAAGGCGUCACCCCAGCAUCUCACACGGUCCACAAUUAAAAGGACAGAUUAUACACACACACACAGGAUUCCACUUUAUGGUUGGAUUUCUCUCCUUUUCUUUGCUGUGAAAACGAGUCCACAGAUAUCCUGAACAUGUACUGUAUAGUCGUCCCUCCCUCAGUGCCAGGAAAAAACUGUCGAGGCUGCAUUUUAUCAGCCAUAUUAUUGUGCCUAGUACCAACACUAUUAUCUGUGGCUGCUACUUGUGACUUGUGACUUGUGCUGCAUAUCCCAAUGCUGCUUCUGGCGUAUACAUAAUCCAGGAAAAAAAAAAAAAAAGCUCAAAGGCCACACGAAUACACUGUCACAUCAGGACGUUAAUUAAUUAACAUGAUUCACCAACGAGCCUAGGCAUUUAGCUCUCGGCCUAAUGGGUAUGAAAACACUCCCACCAGUGCACAAACCAAGCCUAAUGCUAUGCAGCCACUAAUUUAUAUCUAUUAAUAUUUAUAUCUCGUGGAUAAUAUAUUUCAAAAGUGAGUGGUUUUACUUGUGGAAGU